GUACGUAUUAACGUACACCCAUACUUUUCAGUCAAUUUUAGUCCACCUGCCAUUGAUGUCAACGUACCAUUUCGUUACCAAGUAUUUAACUCGUUUAAAGUCGACCUACAAUGGUAUUUUCGAAAGAAGUGUAAAUAGAAAUUUGUAAGAAGAAGAACGAAGUAGAAUGGACCAAUCGUGUCGAUUCGCGUACCAACUAGAAGAACUCGAAGAACGCUAGUCGAACAUAACCUUGCAGAACCUUUAAGAAACUACGUAAUUAACAGGUUCGAAACGAUAAUAUCGAAUAUGUUUUCGAAACCCUGCUUUCGAGACAAUUACUCGAUUGUAUCAUCGGCACGCUUUUCAUAAAAUGUAGCAUUGUAAAGCAUUGUCAAUGUUUACAUUGACCAUUUCAAAGUAUUUGUUCGUAAUUAGGAAGGCAGUCGCAAGAGACUCGAGUAUUUUAGUAUUUAUUAUAUUACAUUUGUUACAAUGAAGAAAACAGAAUCCAUCCAGAACUCCAAAUCGGUUACCAACUUGAAUAAAAAGAAAAUGGAAUUAGAAUUAAGAGAUACGUCGAUAAAGAAGAAGAAGAAGAGACGCCAUCAAGAUGAAACGAAUUCACGCUCGCUCGUAAUUAAUACGAACAAAGCGCGUUCGAGAAAUAGCGAUAUCGAGAAUUCAUCCGAAAAUUCGGUUUUCGUUAAAAAGACGACCAAGGAAGGCGUCGGAAAGGCUUUCGAAGUAUUCGAUAGAAACAAGAAGUUUGAUAAUACGUGCUCUACGGAUUUAGAGGAAUUUGCGACGGAGUCGGUAAACGUUCUGGUCGAUAUUCAUCGAGAAUAUAAAUCGGAAAAAUGUAACGACGAAAGUAUCAGGAAAAACGAAAAUGCAACGGAGGUAUCUUCGAAGAAGUCCGAAAGUUUCCAGAUAUUUUCGAGAACGAACAACUUUCGAGAAGAAAAAUCGAAAAUGGAACCGAUCGGGUAUCGAGGUCUUAGAGAAGAACAGGAUGAUAUAGAAGUCGUGGAUUCUAUAGAUUUAAUAGAGGAAUUCGAGGAAUCUUCGAUAGGCGAAACGACGAACGAAAGAGGAUUUAGAACAACGAGAAAGAACAAAUUGACGACGAAGCAAGCUGAUCCAGAUUUAAUCGAAGGGAAGCCCCGUAGCAGAAGACAAUGGGAUGGACGAAAAAAUGAAACGGAGGAGGCGAAAAAACCGGCGAGAAAACGUUGGUCGAAAGACACCUCUGUGUUUCGAUUACCAGAAGUGAAAGGCACCCCUUGGACGACUUUAUCGACGGAGAACGUGGAUCAACGAUCGAUAAACCAAUCGUCGCAGAAACAGAGAUCCUUCUCCGGUUUCGACAAUGCAGCGUUCGUUUCGGAUAACGAGGAGAUUCUACGCGUGGAGACUGAUCGCGAGGAAGCGAGAAUCGAGAUGAAGGAAAUCGAAGGGAACGUUCCAGAAGAAACAGUUGGUACGAUCGAAGAUUUCAACAACGCGAGAGAUUCGUUCGUAGACCGGUUCGAAAAUUGUAAUGGCGAUGCGGUAUUGGAUAUCGAAAGCGUCGAUGAAUGUAACGACGACGACGAAAUCAAAGCUGAUCAUGGCUUGACAAAGAAGACGAAAAAUUUUCAUGGAAACGGUAAGAGGAAUUCGGAUGACUCGAAUACCUUAGAUAGUUUAGAUGCCACGGCCCGAUCGGAUUAUCGAUCCUCCGAAGAACCGUUGGUAAAAGAAGAUCGUGACCGGGUUAAGAAGGAAAGACGACGCACCGUGAUCACAACCGAUGAUGACACCGCAGAAGGAAAUCGUUCGAGGGAAUCGUCGAACGAGAACGAAUCGAGGAGAUCCAUCGCGAAAAGAAAGAAGUCGACGCGCAAGGAUCAUCGGCGUCAAUCGCAAAGCGAAAAGGAGAAGAGAAAAAGUCGACGAAAGAAUGUUUCGGAUUCGUCUGUUCGUAGCCCUGACGCCGCGACAGACUCUAAGAAAAAGAAAAAGAAAAAAAGGGUCGUCAAGUAUGUCCUCGUGACGGUUCACAAAGCGAAUACGUUAGAGAUCGACUAUGUAACCAGGCAUCCCAUGGUGAAGGUUCAUAUUGUGAAAACCGAGACUGGAGAGUACUUGAAAAAUGAGUCCGGCACGCGGGCGUAUUUGCAGCCCGCGAUAACAGGAAAAUUCGACUUUAAAGAGAACAGAUCCAUAGUACCGGUAUGGGAAGAAGAGCUGGUGUUCGAGCAUGAUUUUGAUGCAUUGUUGAACACCGAUGACGAGCAGGUCGUAAUUCUUUUUGAAAUCGUUGAUCUGUUGAGCUUUGCAGAGGCCAGCUUCAACUAUGAUAAAUUUGGUCGCGAAGGUUGCUGGCACAAGAUCGCAUGGGCUUUCCUGCGACCCGUAGGAAAGAACGGGGUCUCGCACAUCGGCAAGAUGGUCAGGCUGCAACUGUACAAGCCUAAAAAGAACGCCAAGAAACUCGAGGGAGCUUACACGUGCGAAGCGUACACGUGGUGGAAGUCGAGGAAAAGGGAAAAGUACCCCAGCAGUUUAUUCGUCACCGUGACGUCCAUCGAUCCUCCCAAGUUAGAACCCGUUCUCUAUCAGCAAUUAUCGUUGCACGAUCUGUCCGACGUACGCAGCGAAUCGCAAAAGGCUUCGACUCGUACGUCGGAUUUGAUAGAGUUACCGAAAUGGACGCGAUUGGCCGCCCAGUCUUGCAAGAUACCGAACGAAAUCAUGUUCGAGACGGACGUCACCGAGAACGGAUGCUUCUUCGUUGCUUUCAGCAACGACGGCAAGUAUUUAGCCUGCGGUAAUUCCGAGGAACACGAUUACCCUAUCGUCGUUUACGAGGUCGAGACGAAGAAAGUCUACGCCCGAUUUUCAGGGCACAAGACUUUUAUAUACUCCCUUCAUUGGGCAAACAAAGACAAGUACCUGCUCUCGGUAUCGUCCGACCAGACUGCUCGUAUUUGGGAUAUACGCAAUCGGAUCGUACAACACGUAGAAAUGAUGCCACAUCCGUCGUACGUGUACUGCGGCAAAUUCGCCCCUGAGAAUCCUUGGACCGUGGCGACCGGAUGUUACGAUCGCGUAGCUCGCAUUUGGACGCGAGACAGGAAAUCGAGAAGACGCGACCUCAGCCAGGAAUUAGAGGGUCACGAGGGUUUUAUAAACUCGAUGUGCUUCCAAAAGAAUAGUAAUUUGUUAACGGCGGACAGCGUCGGCACGAUAAUAUUAUGGACGGUGAAAAAGAAUCGCGGUGCAGCCUCCAGAAUGGAGUGGCACAUAUCGCGGAAGAUAAGGGUCAGAGAGGUCGACGGCGUGAUAAUCAACACGAUCGUUUUGCACCCUUUGGAAUCCAGGCUCCUCGUCCACUCGAGGAACAACGGGCUCAGAUUGCUAGAGCUCGCUACUGGCGUGGUGUUGCAAAAAUACAACGAGCUAAACAAUCAGAGGAUACAAUCGACAGCCUGCAUCUCGCCUUGCGGUGGCCUGAUCUUUUGCGGAGGGGAGGAUUCGACUUUGAACGUGUGGAAUUUGGAGAACGGUAGCCACCUUGCGAAAUACACCCUCGAACGAAAUUUCCGUGCCGUGACUUGCGUGGAUUAUCAUCCGCACGACCACGUGUUGGCCUUGUCAACAUUCGGCAGUUCCGCGCCGGUGAGAGUUUUAAGAUUCAACAAAGACGCGACUGGCGAUGACGUAGGAUUGAAGACGACGGAGGAGCCGAGAAAUAAAGUAAACGAUAGCGACGGUUUGGGAAGAUUUUUGAACGCGGUUGUAACGCCAAGGGAAAGAUCGCGAUCGAACAGCAGGAUCCAAACGCCUGAAGAAAUUUCGAGAGAGAGAGGCUCACAGGGUAGAAGAAACUACAAGCUCUGUUCCAUCGAGUCCAGCGUCCUGAAGGAGAGGAACGACAAGCACACGGAAGCGAAACUAAGGCUGCUGCGAUUAAACGAAACCGAGCGAACGUUGAAGAGUCAAAGCGCGAACCGAUUGUAUAAUAUCAUAGAGAAGAUCGAUCGGAUCUUGUCGAACACGUCGAGAUCCUCGGGCGACGUAGAAUCGGGUAGGAACUUUCCUCUGGAGGCAACUAAGAGCAAAGUUCCGACCAGUCGGGACGAGAAUAGAAAAUCGUUAGGUUACUGUAGCACCGAUGACCGUUCGUAUUUUGAUUCGAGUAGCGUCGAACGCGAGCUCGUGGAAUUGAAAACUCUAGGUGAUAGGAAGACAAGCGAUAAUAUAUACAUAGAUCGACGCGCGAAAAUUAGAUCUAAAAGCGCGAAGGAACCGAGAAGCAACGAUCCUCGCGAUCAUCUGUCCAAGACUUUCUCCGAUAGCGCAGCGAGUUAUCGUAAGAGCAACGUUUACAAUGAAAUCGUAGGAACUGGAUCUCCAAAAACGAUGGAAACUAGUUUCGUUAGAAACGUGAAAGAAAAUAAUUGGCGGAAGGGUAAUUCUUUUGAUAACGAUCGCUCCAAUUCUUCUGGAAGUACUGGAACGUACGUCGUGGAAAAGAAUGGCGUUGAAGUUGAAAGAAAUAGCGACGAGGAUUCGAUGAAACUGCUUCCGGACGAUGAUUCGAUUCAGAGAGAUGUAGAAAGCGACCCGAACGUUUUUAGACAUUCCGACAGUGGAAGUUCGAUUAGCAAUGCGACGUUCACUAUCGAAAAUGAAGUUCCUGUUCCCAAGCCUAGACGAAAGAAAAAUCCUGCCUGAUGUAGGUUUAUUAAAUAUGCAGAAAUUAGGAUCGUAGAAUAUAGUAAUAUAUAUAUAUAUAUAUUUAUUUGUAAUCGUAGUUUAUAUUUGAAAAGAACUGUUAGGAAACGCAUUUGAUUUUGUUAUUUCCUGAACGUAUAGUUUCGUCUUUCCUCGAAUAUUCGACUAUGUUUGACUUUUAUUUAACCAUUUUUAUUUAAACUGGACUCGUUUUACAUGACACACUAAAAUGAUUCAGUAUUAGUUAUUUGCUUGCACGCGAUACGUAUGAAGGUAGUUAGAUAAUUGAUCGUGAACGCCUACGAGAACGUUUGUAAUGCAAUUAAAAUGUUUAUGCAUUGGAAAUGUUAUUUCGAUAGAAAUAAAACGUGUUACUUGGUCCACUGUUAACCUUCGUUUCGAGUAUGGGGUGUUUUUUCGGUGGAAUAGCUAAAUUCUCUUUAAAAAUGAUUAUCCUCCCCUUUUUGUAUUUAACGUAUUUAUAUAUUGUUUACAUAAUGACUUUAAUUAACGUAACGCUUACGAUUUAUUUCAUGCUCGCGUUUAAAUUAACUGGCGUACCCCCGAUAGGUGUUGAAUCGGACGAAGAAGAGGUAUGAUAACAUUUUUAAUAAAAAAAAAAGAAAGUGUUUACGAUAAAAAGGUCAAUGUAAGAAAAAUGUAAAUUAGCGAAGUUGUAACGGUUUGAUAUUUACGUAAACUCGACGUUUCCGUUGAUACUAGAGAAAAUAUAGGAAGUUAGGAAAAAUUGAUGGUUAAUCCCUAAAUUCGUUGCGUAUAAAUGAAAAAUUGAAUCUCGCAAACGAGAGCGAAGAAUGGGCGGUAUAUUGUCAAGAUUCGCUACCAUUGCUAUCAGUUUAAUAUUUUGUCCUUUUCUAUUCCUUUGCUACGCGUACAUUCUUUUUAUUAUGAUCGUCUUCAACGUCGUGCAUUCGUUUUUUAUCUUCCUUUUAAUGUUGCUUAACGGUAUUCCCGACAGCACGAUUGUCGAUUGAGCAUACGUAAGUGAUAUAUAAAUUAUUUAAAGAAGCAAAUAUAAGUAUAAAUUUCUAUGUAAGUUAUACGAUAAAUAGUAUACGUAGACUUAUUCGAUUACUCGACGAUAUUUAUUUCAGAAUGUCGACGAGGUUGAAUCUAACGCGGAAACCAACGAUACGUUUGAAUCGGCGCAAUCGCAAUAAAAAUUGUGUCGUCGAUAUGUUUAAUUACAUGCAAAGAAGAUAGGAGAAACUUACGAUAAUUAUACGUAUAUUUAACUGAAAGUAAAAUAUCUGUUAUACAAUGCGUAAAUGAAGUAAAGUAUUAAUAUUUAUAAUAAAUAACAUUGUGAUUUUCGA